UAGAUUUUUACUUAAAUGACGUACACUUCAUAAUUUAAGAUUCAUUGAGAAUCAAUCUUAGAGACCCUUUUACGAUGUAAUUGAUAAUUCAACAUUACUUUUCCCUGUUUGUACUACUCUGGCUAGUUAAACGAGGAGAAACUUGGUAUCCCACUGAUACGAAUUAUGAAGACACAGAAAAUAUAUUGGUUAACAUAUGCGUCGAACUUUCUAGAGUUAUAUUGUAUUUCUCUGCAUAAUCACGAAAUAGAAGAUGAUCAUGAUAAUGAUAAUGAUGUUUCCAGUGAUCUACAGUACUUAAAAAUUGUUCCUAAGUAUUCAUUAUUCGAUACGAAUCAUUACUAUAGAACUCUCCACUAGAUGUUUUUCUAUGAUGCUCGUUUCUGUAAUGGAUUUCUAUUGAAAUAUUUUUCCACGAUGUAUGUCUAGCAAACAGGCGGUUUCUAGACCUCUGAAAACCUAAGGUUGUUGCUAGUAAAAUCCUUUCGAAUAAUAUCAAUUUAACAUUAUUUUAGCUGUCAGUUCCUUGUAGACUUUUGAGAAUGUUACCUGUAUCGUCACACAUUUUUGUAUAGAAUGCAGUUUUUUAUUCUAUUCGUUCAAAUAAAAUCUUGUAUAGUCUCAUACAUAAGUGUUUCAGCGACUGUGAGCCAAUUCUAAUUUGUUUCGAUUAUUAUUUACUCUUUACAAGUUCAAUAAAUUGUGUAACAUAAGAAAAAUAUUAAGCCACAUACAGUACAAGAUGCUAUUCAUGUUUCACAUUUUGAUAAGAACUUGAUAAUUAGUUUUAUGAAUUGACUUUUUGCAGCAGUCGAUGCUACUCCCACCUCGAUGGUGCCACAUACUGUGCCAUGUUCUCCUGAUGUUGGUAAAAUCAUUCUUGUUGUAAUGGCUGGUGAACAUCGAACACAAAUUCGGGAUGAUGAAUCAACAAGAGCUGCAUUGAUCGACAACACUCGAAAUCAUCAACAUCUAGCCAUUGUACUCUAUGAAGAUACUAUCUAUCUGCUACGCAUACAAUUAGAAUGCACUAGACCACAGGUUAGCGAUUCAAAUGACAAUAACUGUAACCUGCCUCAUGAUGUGGCUGCUUGGAUUGAUGUCAACAAUGACGGCAAAUAUGAUGACACAGAAUAUGCAGCUCCGUAUCGCUGGCCGCUCACCAGCUAUGUACCUCAAGGCAUCUAUGAUCUACAAAUAUAUGUACCCAUCAUCGAUGGAAUCAAGAUGAAAAGUGGACCACAUCGGUUGCGCCUUGACGUAAUGUUAAAUGAACAGUAUCGUGAAAAAUGUGGCAAGAAUUUUUAUAGAGAGACACGGGAAUACAGUGUUACCAUUGUUCCAAAUACUAUGAAGCAAUCAGGUAACUAUUUUUCUUCUACUAACCAGAAACACCAAAACUUAUGA